CCUCGUGUCCUAAAGAAAUCAGAGAUCUGAAGAAUGAACUGGACAGGUCAGAGGCUUUAGCAAACACUGCUAAAGAACGGUGCAAUGCUUAUAAGAAUGAAGUCCAGAAAUUGAGGGAACAGAUAGACAUGUUUAAAUUGUCGCCACAACUUGGGACACUUGUAUCACAGCCCAAGGACAAGCCCUCUUCUAGUGAAGCCAUUGCAGUUGCUAGUCAAGAAGGAACUCAGUCUUCAGACGAGCUCAUAGCUUCCCUGAGAUCAGAAUUAGCCAGAUGCUUAGGCAACAACAGAAUUAGAGGGGAUGAAAUGUUUUCACAAUUAAAAGAGCUCGCUGUUUUGAAAGAAGAAAAGAUAGCCACAACCACUGUGAUUAAUGACUCAAAAGUACUUAGUGAGGAUCUGCAGCAUGCGAUUGAGGUAAUGGGCCAACAUAAGGAUGACAUAGAAAGAGUUCGCACAGAGAUGCAUGAAAUCUUUGAUGAAAACGAGUGCUACAAAGAAGCCAUCAAGAUUUUGCAGGAGGGAAAGGCCAGACAAGAUGAAGUCAUUGCUAACCUGACUGGACAUAUUUCUUCUCUCCAAAACAAAUUUGAAGAGGAAAAACGUUCUGCUGUUGACAGUUGCAAGACAGCUUUUGAGGAGCAGCUAAGACAGUUAACUGAUAAUCACAAACAGGAAUUGGAUGUUGCCAAGGCUGAAACAAGCAAGAUGAAAUUUCUGUAUUCUAAAUUGUGUGUUGAAAAUUCAGUUAAAGAAGCACAACUGAAGGGAAAGACUGCAGCACUGAUUGAAAACAGACUCAUGACGAUUGUACGCAUGCAGCAGAGAGAGAUGUUGAAUGCAAUACAGGAACACAGUGUUGAUCCCGUCGCAGGUGCUGAGUCUGAACUGGUCAUGGCCCAUCGCAGAUGUGAAGAAAUGAUAAUUGCAGCCAGAAUUGCUGCUUUUGAUGAUCAAAGCAAGGUCUUACAAAGGAUGCUAGAGGAGCUCCGAAAAGAUGUUGAUGAAAUGUGGCAGACCGAGUCUGGUAUACCUGAGACUGAUGCCAAUCAGGCUACUGGAGGACAGUCUUCACGUGGAGCUGCACCACCUCGGUAA